AGCAGCUUGCACGGACGCGGACUCAAUGGCCUGAUCCCCAACUGCCAAGAUGUGUCGGCUGGAUCAUCUGGACCCCAGCAGCACUCAGAAACUCUUGAUGAAAACGGGACUCAUCCUGAUAGUCAUUGGCCACCUGAACUUCAUUGCCAGUGCCCUGGUUCACGGAACGGUGCUACGCCACAUCGCCAACCCUCAGGAUGCCAUUUCGCUGCAGUAUGCCAUCUCCAACGUUAUUUCAGUGACCUCAGCCAUGUUGACAAUCUCUUGUGGAAUAGCAGCCAUUGUGCUCUCCAGAUAUGUAUCCCGGAAAUCGCUGAGAUGGGUAGUCUUCUCCCUCAGCAUCAGCAGCUCCUUCCUCUCCUUGUUCUGCGCGGUGGGGCUCGCCGUCUCCAUCGUCCUCACUUUCGUCAACAAUGGGCGUGCCCUGCUGGCCUUGUGCACCUUCGCCGACGUGGACUUCAUCCAGAUUGUGCAUGAGUGUCCCUUUGACCCCACCCGGGUCUACAGUUCCACGCUGUGUCUUUGGGGUCUUUCGUUCAUCCUGGAGUCCGUAGAGAUCAUCUUCAGCAUCCGGUGCUUCCUGAUCCUGCUCCAGCUCCUGAACCUGAAGCCCUGCCGCAGGAGGACUCGCAAGAAACACGUCACGUUGCGGUUUGUCACAACCGAGAGCCAAGAAGCCUGCGAGGGCCGGGAUCUCCUGAGCCGAGAUCGAGUGGAGACCGUGUGGCUCUAG